AUGGCGGAUGAGUCUCAGACAGUACCUAAACACCAUCAACGGACCAACUCACUAGAUCAGUUUACCGACCCUUUUUCCACUGCUGAGAUCUAUUAUGGACCAUCUAACGAUCCUAGUAAGAGACAUGUCAAGGGGUUCAAUCGGACCAGGACCAUGAGCGUGUUGGGUAAUUCUUCGAAAUUCAAAACCAGGGAUUUCACCUCAGUGCUGCCUGUCACAAGACGCGGUUCUGAGGAUGACAGCUAUCUGAGCUCUAAAGGAAGAAGAAAAUUCUUCAUUGAAGACGUAGAUGCAACUUUAGAACAAUUGCUAAGUGGCGAAGACACUGAUCGUAACUACCAGAUCACCAUUGAGGAUACAGGACCUAAGACGAUCCGUAUUGGAACAGCGAACUCAAAUGGAUAUAAGAAACUCAGCAUCAAAGGCACGUACAUGUUGUCCAACUUACUACAAGAAUUAACCCUUGCCAAAAGUUUUGGAAGGAAACAAGUUGUUCUUGAUGAAGCGAGGUUGAAUGAAAACCCGGUCAACAGACUAGAGAGACUCAUUGUGACGCAAUUUUGGAAAUCUUUGACAAGAAGGAUCGACUUAUACAACGUGGCAGUAAUUGCUGCGGAUGGCAAAAUUGACACUCCUGCUGCGAAGGUCCCUCGGAUAUAUGUGCCCCACAACUGUCCAGACCAGUAUGAGUUUUACAUCCAGGCGUCCCAAAUGAAUCCUACUUCGAACCUGGAUGUGGAAUAUUUGCCCGAAGAUAUCACUCCCGAAUAUGUGAAAUCUAUUAAUGAUCGGCCUGGGCUCUUGGCCCUAGCUAUGGAAAAACACAUGGAUCCUGCCACGGGUGAAGAGGCGAUGUUUAGCUAUCCAUAUGCUGUCCCAGGUGGCAGGUUCAACGAGUUGUAUGGUUGGGAUUCUUACAUGAUGGCACUUGGACUUCUAGAGGGUAGCAAAAUUGACGUUGCUAGAGGGAUGGUUGAGCACUUCAUCUUUGAGAUUGAUCACUACGGAAAAAUUCUCAACGCAAACAGAAGCUACUACUUGUGUAGAUCGCAACCUCCAUUCCUCACUGACAUGGCGCUCAAAGUGUUCGAGAAAAUGGGUGGAAAGAGCAAUCCAGACGCCGUUUCCCUUUUAAAGCGCGCUUUUUCGGCUGCGGUAAAAGAGUAUAAAACAGUUUGGAUGGCAUCUCCUAGAUUGGAUGAAAACACUGGCUUAUCAUGCUAUCACCCGAACGGUCUUGGUAUACCACCAGAGACAGAGGCUGGCCACUUCGACGCUGUUCUCAAACCGUUUGCCGAAAAAAAUAAGGUCACGUUAGAGGAAUUCAGAGAUCUUUACAAUGAUGGUGUAGUUUUGGAGCCAGAGUUGGAUGAAUACUUUCUACACGAUAGAGGCGUCAGGGAGUCAGGACACGAUACAACCUACAGAUUUGACGGUGUGUGUGGGUUCCUUGCAACCAUUGAUCUAAACUCACUGCUUUACAAGUACGAGGUCGAUAUCGCAGACCACAUUGAAACGUUCCAUGGUGGCGAGUUUACAGAUCUGUUGGGAGAGAAAACAGAAGUCUCUUAUUGGCAGAAACAAGCUGCAAAACGGAAGGAAAGAAUAAAUGAAUAUCUCUGGGAUGAGGAAACUGGGUUCUUUUAUGACUACCAUAUCAAGUUUAAAGAAAAAAUCACGUAUGAAUCCGCUACAACUUUGUGGGCUUUAUGGGCCGGUGUAGCGACACAACAUCAGGCCAAUAGAAUGGUGCGUCUUGCAAUACCCAAGUUAGAAAUGCUUGGUGGUCUCGUUUCCUGCACCGAACAAUCUAGGGGAGAAGUUUCAAUUGAGAGACCCACCAGACAGUGGGAUUACCCGUUUGGAUGGGCGCCUCAUCAAAUUCUUGCAUGGGAAGGGCUCACCAAGUAUGAGUAUGAAGGUGAAACUAGAAGGUUGGCCUACAGGUGGCUCUUCCUAAUGACAAAGGCUUUUGUGGACUACAACGGAAUCGUAGUUGAGAAGUACGAUGUUACUAAAGGUACUGACCCUCACAGAGUGGAGGCCGAGUACGGAAACCAAGGUGCCGAUUUUAAGGGAGUGGCCACAGAGGGAUUCGGCUGGGUCAAUGCGAGCUUUGUACUAGGAUUGAAGUUUAUGGAUACACAAGCGAGAAGGGCUCUCGCGUCUUGCAUAAACCCUGAUUUAUUUUUUGCAAAUCUGAGAGCAGACCAGCGGAAGCAAUAUGGCCUAUCUUGA